CAAUAGAAGUCGCUGCGCUUCGCGGUCUUGGCUUACACAACUUCGGUGCCCGCAGUUUUCAGUUCCCCUCAUUCUUUGCGCAUCUUUGAACCUUCAUCACAGUUUUCACAAUUCAGGAUCAGUUUGAUGAAAGCAGAUCCAGUUUCGAUCGAUGACAACUGUUUCUGACGCG